AUGAACAACUCAUCACAUAGGAGCAUGCGUUCCACGCCCUACAGAGUGGGCAAACCUGUUGGUAAUGGUACCACUCAUAAGAUUAGAGAGCAGUUGAACUUUUCAGAUGAAAAAAAAUGGAAAGAGUUUUCUGGUAGAAGACUGGAGUUAAUCGAUAAAUUCGGACUCAGUGAAAGGAAAGCUAGUGAACAAGAUGAUAAUAUUAGACAAAUCGCCACUAUUUUGAGAACAGAAUACGGGUAUCCUUUAAGCUCUGCUAAUGAAUUCGAGAAGCUAGUUACGGCCGCAGUACAGAGUGUCAGAAGAAAUAGGAAGAGAAGUAAGAAAAGAAGUGGUGGCAGCGGAUCAUGCACAAGUGAUGAAGAUAUUACUAGAAUGAGUUCACCUUGUCAGUUUACAGUAGCACCACCUGCUCCUCCGCCACCAUCAACCUCCGCUCCUCCAAGUUUCGGUGGCCAACAGCUUCCAGCACCACUGCCGGUACAACCUGCAGUUGCACCUGCCGUGAAAUCCCCAAUUGCACCGCCUAGAAUUCCCGUUAUUCAAUCCCAGCAGAUGUAUGACGAUAUUGUUAAAUCCAUCAUUGCUGAUCUGGUGAACAACACGGUUCCCUUCAACCAGCAAUCACAAGAUGAUGGUGAUGGUCCGAAUCUAACGGACUUUGCACUUUCUUCAAACGACAGGAACCUGCUGUCAUUGGGGUUGAAAAAUCGUAACCAUGCAAAUCCAUCUCCAUCGCUACCGUUCUUCCUAAGGGAAAAAACACUUUUACAAGUACAAAGAUCACGUUCCUGUUUUGAUAUGGCAUUUGCACAGGGUUCUGUGGAUAUGUACAGCAAUCUGGAAUUUCUAGGUGAAAUGACAACUAGAUCAGCAAUUGUAUUUGUCGUUGAAAGGUUUUUCUCGAACUUGAUGCCAUCGUCAAUGGAAUAUAUUACAUCAAAGAGCUCGUCUCAAGAGUCGCUAUCGAACUUAUCGAUAAAAUUAUUUGGACCUGCCAGUAAAAGAAAUUUAACCCAAUUACCAGCCAAACAGGUUCAAUUAAAAGUUUUAUUUUUAACUAUGGGUGGAUUAGUCAAAGACUUUGGAUUCGAUCCAUGUCUUUACCCAUUAAGUGAAAUCAUCCAUCAUUUGGUAAUGUUGCAAUAUCCGCUUUUAACAAGUGAAAAUUCCCUACCGCACAAUUCGACCUAUGGCCAGCGGACAGCUGUAAUCUCAUCGUUGUCGAUGAAACCUCAAGCUGCUGAUAAAGACGUUAAUAAAAAAGUUUUCAUUAGGUUUAAGGAUAGGGAGCACCAAUUUACAUUCCAUCUUUUAUCCAAUGGACCACCGACUGUUAAUGAAGUGUUAGAAAAUUGUAAACAGCUAUUUCAAAUUGUUAAUCAAUCGAAACCAUUGGCACUAUACCACGACCAAAAAUUAAUGCAUGAAGAUUCAGAAUUAGCACGUCUAUUUAGUAGUUUUACAAGUGAUACCAUCGUUUUAGAAGUUAGAGAAUUAUCAUCGACAACUAUAGUGGCCCCGGAACCAUCCAAACCAAGUGAACUAGAUGGACUAAAAAUGUUAAGCGCUGCAUCUUUACAGGUUAAAAGGGAAUUGACGACACCAUUGCCACCGCCAUCACCUGCAUCUUCAUCACAAACGGCGCUGGAUAACAUCAUCAAUCGAAUUGGUAGUAGGUCACCGAUCCCGCAAAGAAAUCAGUCAGAAUCGCCAAACGAAUUACCAUCAUUACCAUCUGUCGUCGGCAAUUCUAACAGAAAUUUCUUCCAGAACGGUAACCUACCACAGCCAGUUUUCCAACCCUUGUUGUGA